AUUAAAGGUGACGUAUGAUAAAUUAAAAAUUUUAUUUUUUAAUUCAUAAAUUAAAUGAAAUUAAUUUUAAUCACUCAUCUUAUUCGUUCUUUCUUCUCAUUCUUAUCAGCCUCUUCCUCCUCCUCCUCCUCUUCCUCCUCCUCAUCCUUGGCAUCCUACUCACCAUCAUCUUCAUCAUCCCUCUUCAAAUUAAACUUUCCUGGGUUCUUGGUGGAACCUAGAUCUGGGUUCUUCGAGAACCCAGAAACUGGAUUCCCCGAGAACUAGAUUCCCUGUGGAACCCAGUUUCUGGGUUGCAUGGGGAAUCCAGUUUCUGGGUUCCCCGGGAACCCAGUUUUUGGGUUCCUCGUGCAACCCAGUUUCUGGGUUCCACGGGAACCCAGAAACUGGAUGCCCCCUGGAAUGCAGAUCUGGGUUCCAUUUUUGAAUCUGCAAUGGAAGUGCUCUAAUCUUGAAUCUAAUUCAACUUUUGUUCGAAAAUAAGCAAAAUGUUAAUUUGUUAUACUUGGACUUGAAUCUCUUCUUUACGAGUUAGUAAUCUCGCUAUGAACUACUCGAUUUCAUGUUUCAAUGUGUUCAACGUAGAAAUCCAAAUCUUAAAUGUUCCAAUCUUUUGUCUAAUAUAACUUUUCUUUGAAA